GCUGGCCUGGGGCGCUCAGCCGCGGCCUCCGGGGACUCCCUCCCUCCCGCGGCCCUGCCGGCGCAGGGCCCGCAGCCCGAGCGGCUUUCUCCGGCGGCCCUCGGGAGGCGCCUGGGAGGGGCGGACGGCCGCCCGGGGUCUCUGCGUUCCGUCCCGGCGGCGGGCCGGGCGCCCGAGGCGGGCUUCGUCUGCCUGCCCGAGCGGUUCGCGUUGUUCUGAGGCUUUGUCUUUUUUCAUCCGAACGCUUUUGCUAUUGGAUUUUUUCCCCCUGAACUUUUAAAAAGAAAGGUGGAAAGUUAGAAGAUUUUAAGAGUUGGAGCUGAAUCUAAUGUUACAUCAUGGCAACAGGUGACUUAAAGAGAAGCUUACGGAACCUUGAACAAGUGCUUCGUGCACUAAAUUAUCCUGAAGAGGUGGAUUAUGUAGGUUUGAUAAAAGGAGACCCAGCAGCAUCUUUGCCCAUCAUCAGCUAUUCUCUUACCUCAUACUCUCCAUACCUAACAGAACUUCUGAUGGAAUCUGAUGUGGAUCUUGUAGGAAAGAAUGACAUUUGCUUUACCGACACUGUUUAUAAGCUUCUUCGUGAUCAGUUUGAUUAUAAACCAAUUUUGACAAAAAAGCAAUUCAUACAAUGUGGGUUUGCAGAAUGGAAAAUUCAAAUUACUUGUGAUAUUUUGAAUUGUGUGAUGAAAAAACACAAGGAAUUGUCUGGUCUUGAUAAGACCCCAUCAUGCCAAAGAAAGACAAUGGUUUGUGAUAAGGAAGAACCUUCUUCAAGCAAUGAGAAAGUUGCAGAAGCUGUUGGAAUUGAUGUCACUAGCAGGUUUAUCACUUCAGGAAAGAAAAAAGCUCUGGUGAUCCGUCACCUGUACAAUGAAGAUAAUGUUGACCUUCCUGAUGAUGCAGGAAGUUCAGUAACAGAUGUUAGUGAAGAAUUUGAUUCGGCUUGCAUAAAGACUACUGAAAUAGUAAUUCCUGAAAUACAAGUGUGUGAAGUCAAGACCCAGCAACAGGAUAUAAAAUCUAUUCCUGAGAUUGCUGCACUUGAGACAAUGCUUACUCAGUGCCAUGAGAAGCUUCAAAAGUUGCCGUGUAUAGAACAAAGGUUGGACAUGUUGGAAAGAGCAAUUAAAGGAAAAGUGAUGGUAGAUGAGAAGACUUGGACUAAUCUUCUUAGUCGAGUUACUCUUCUGGAAACAGAAAUACUCUUGUCUAAGAAGGUAUAUUCUUUCUCUAAUGAUCAUUUUUUAUUGUUUGUGGAAAUCAUGGAGUAUUUUUCACACUGUAACCUAAAAUUUAAUUUCUUCCCAGAUAGGAAAAGCAAUGUAGAGGGGACUGCGAAUGUCCCUCAUUCCUCUGGUUACAGUUCAGUAUCAUCAACUUCCAGAGCCUCCGCAAUUCGUUACUGUGGUUUGAAGGAUCUUUCAGAGGAAACAACAAUCCAGAAAAUGGAAAGGAUGAAAAAAAUGUUUGAAGAAACUGCAGAGUUACUCAAGAUCUCCAGUCGCAAAUUGUAGAACUUCCUUCUGCACAAACUUCUCUAGAAUUUUGGCUACUGUAUAUGUUGUAUAUUUUAAGAAUUCUCUAUAAUUUUAAUACAUUGCAGUAUUUAUUAGGAAUUUGGAUUUCAUUUGGUAUCUGAGUUUUUCAUUCUUUCGUGAAUAAAUACUUUGAAUAUUUUUGAGCUAUGAUAAUAUUGGUUCACUCCUUUUCACUUAGGAAAAAAGCUGUGUUCUUUGCUUUAACAGAGUGAAGUCAUUACAGCACUGUUUUUUUGUGUUGACAUUUGUUGGCAGUGUGCUAAGUAGUGUGUUUUAAAGUACAGGCUUGAAGACCGUGGUUUACAUCCUGUUGGAAGCAUGCCAACUAGGACUUACAUAUUGUUCCCUGGAGGCUUCUCCGACAUACAGUUUUGCCAUCUGUGCUGAUGAGUAAGUUGUACUGAGAAGUUUAAAAAGCUCAUUGAAAAUUAAAACAACAAUAUAGCUGUUUCAUGCUUAGUCACAAAGCAGUACCUUUUCAGUUAAUGCUGGGAAAGUGUGGGUAUGAUUCUCCUUUUGUAUUAAAGCAGGUCUCUAAGGUUCACUGAGAACAUGCUGAGUGUUUUCCUGCUUAAUACCCACAGCACACACACAUUGGUGGUGGCCAUCCAGUGCUAGAGGUGAGGUGGGUUUCUCACAAGGUGAGGUGGGUUUUCUUCUAAUGAUGAGAAGUUGGAUAUAUAUGCAUCUGUCUUGUAUGUGUACAAAUAUGUAUAAAUAUGUAUAUAUGAGAGGAAAUGCCUUAAAUCAAGAGAAAAUGAAAUUAAUUUUUAAAACAUAUUUUUCUGACUUGUAAAUAAAAAUGUAAUAACAAUUUAAUUGACCCCAUUAUUAGAAAGAUGGAUUAUUUUUCUUUUCCUGUAUGUUUCACCUGUUAUUUGAUGUUUUUCAUAUCAGCUGUCUAUAUUGUAAUGUAUGGUUUGACAUUUGAUUGUGAAAAUAUAAAACCUUAAAUUAUAAUUAGAAGUGGAACUUUUAAAAUGUUUUUAGGAUUCCCAUGUUUAGUUAUUAUACACUUUAAAACUAUGAACUUUUAUGGUAACAUACAGGAACAUAUGGCCCUGCAUUUUGUAAAAUUUGAAUAUAGACUAUAGUUUGUAAAUCCUGUUUACCUUGGUUUUUCAAUUAUAAACAAGAUACAUUUGUAAAAAAGAGCACAGUUUUGAAAAAACUAGCCUAGUCUAAGGAACUUCUGGACUGUCAGAAUCAGUGUGGAAUUAUAGUGCCACCUUGUGGCUCAUAUAUAUUUUACUUUUAAAACCAGUGAUUCCCCACAAAAGAGGGGAAAUAACUGAAAAAAUUCAGUCCCAAUUUUAAAAAGAAACAUUCUUAAGAUUUUUGUGGAAGAUUGAUGAAAGUUGUCUUUCUCUUUGUCUCCUCCUAUCAUUAUUUCUUUCCUUUUUGUUUACAUAUGUACCAAAUUUGAAAUGUUUGUAAUAUAACUUACAUAUAAUAUGCAUAAUACAUGCAUGUACUGAAAACAUUUCUAGUUAUGCUACCAAGUAUAAAUUUGGAAUCCAAACUAUUUAUACUUUUAACUAACAACUUAAUCAAAAACUAAUAGGAGAAUGAAUAAAAGUUUUCUAUUAUUUUGACAAUAUAAUCCUAAAAUAAAAACGAGGAAAAUUUUUUACUUCAAGUUAUUUAAAGAAUUGCCAACUUAUUAUUCUCUUUUGAAAUAGCAGAGGUUUUUCUCUCAUAAUUACCUUGGCAAGUAGUUUGUAAUAAGAAACCAACCUCUUUUGAAUGACCUGGAGGUCCUGAAAGAGGUAGCUACAUAAUUAACCCUUAUUUAGCUGGGAUUUACACUAAUUCCAUCCCCAGCAUUCUUUAAGCUAGAUUAAUAACCAAUCACCAUUCUAGGAACAAAGGCAUCAGGAGCUCAUGCUGCCCUAUCUGAACUACGCUCUGAGUAGUUCUACACUUGGUUGAAAGGAAACAGAGAAGCAAUUUUGAGUAGAUCUAGAUGAGAGCCUGAGGGAUACUGAAAGAAAUUCUUAAGUAAAAACUCAGGACUGAAAAAAGUAGUAUCUGCUAUUUAUGAAAAGUCUAGGCAAAGCUGAGGGAUGACAAAUACACUGGGAAAAACAGUUAUGUCACAUUUGCCUUACUCUUACCAUUUUAAUGUGAUGGUUUAACAUGUAAUAUAUUUCUUCCAAAAUAAACUAAAAGCUUUGUAACUA